AUGGAAGAAAAUGAGAUGACGAAAGUGUUCUUAAAGACUCUUGAUACUUUUUAUUACGAGAGGAUGAUUGCAAGCGCUCCUAGAGACUUUACUGACAUGGUAAACAUGGGAGUCCGUUUAGAGGAAGCAGUUCGAGAAGGGCGUCUAGUCAGAGAAGGAAGUUCAUCUUCAAGCGGGGCAAAGAGGUACGGCGGUUUUAUGAAAAAGAAGGAACAAGAAACUAAUGUUGUGUCCUAUAAUCAUCCAAGAAGGAUCAAUUAUCCUUACCAUUCCCAACACCAACAUAUAGCAGCCGUGACUCCAGUAAUCACUUCCGCUCCAGUUCAAGUCCAAUACCCUCAGCAGCGUACCAACCGCUUCCAACAGAAUACUCAGUAUCAGCAACAACAUCAAUCUCAACAACAUCAACAUCAGUUACAACAACGUCCACCACAGCAGCAAAGAAGAACCAAUUUUGAUCCAAUUCCAAUGUCAUAUGCAGAAUUGUAUCCAGCUUUGAUCACUAAAAACCUUGUGCAACCACGACCACGACCUCUUGUACCAGAAGUGCUACCUUGGUGGUACAAGCCAGAGGUAUCUUGUCCCUUUCAUCAGAAUGCUCCAGGUCAUGACUUAGACAACUGUUUUGCUUUAAAGUUGGAAGUACAAAAGUUGACAAGAGCAGGUAUCCUGACCUUCAAGAACAUGGGUCCCAAUGUGAAGGACAAUCCAAUGCCAAGUCAUGGUCCUUCAUCAGUGAACAAUAUAGAAGUUUGUCUCAAUGAACAACGUGUUACGAAGAUAGAGGAGAUUCGGCGGUCUUUGGUUGAAAUUCAUUCUGUUUUAUGUGCUCAUGGUCUCUUCCAACAUGACCACCAGAUCUGUGGUACAUGUUCAGUCAAUUCAAGAGGUUGUAGAAAGAUUCAAGAUGAUUUGCAAGGCGUCCUUGAUCAGGGUUUGAUUCAGAUUUCUAGACAAGUGAGUUCUCCAAAAUCACAAGAACAAGAGGUGAAUGUCAUCAUUCCUUGCUUCAACAUUCCAGAGAAAGUAGAGAUAGCUUAUCAUCCGAGGGAGCCAGUGGUGAUUUGCCCUCCGGGCCCAAUGCCUUACACUUCAGAUAAAGCGGUCCCCUACCGCUAUGCAGUAACUAUUAUUGAGAACGGUAAAGAGGUCGAGAUUAAAACCUUAGCCUCAGUUACCAAUAUCCCAGCAAAUAGCCGAAUGACGCGCAGUGGCCGCGUGUUCGCUCCGCCGGUUAUCCCAAAUAGAAAUGUUGAGAAAGAUCCAGUAGUCGUGGUACCAGUGACAAGAGAAGCAGAAGGGCAAACAAGCAAUUCAACCCUUGAUAAAGAAACAGAUGAACUACUUAGAAUUAUCAAGCUCAGUGACUACAAAGUGGUAGAUCAGUUGCUACAGACACCGUCAAAAAUCUCGAUCUUGUCCUUAUUAUUGAAUUCAGCUGUCCACAGAGAAGCACUACUGAAGGUGCUUGAUCAAGCCUUUGUAGAACAGGAUAUAACAGCAGAGCAGUUCAACAAUGUUGUAGGCAGCAUCACUUCGUGCAAUGGCUUAGGCUUUUGUGAUGAAGAACUGCCAGAAGAAGGAAAGAAUCACAACUUCGCUCUCCAUAUCUCAGCCAAUUGUCAAGGGGAUUCUUUGUCUAAUAUCCUAAUUGACACCGGUUCAUCUCUGAAUGUCAUGCCCAAGUCUACCUUGGUGAAGCUAAAGUACAAAGGGGGGCAAAUGCGGCACAGUGGAAUUAUUGUGAAAGCGUUCGAUGGAUCAAGAAAAUCAGUCAUUGGAGAAGUUGAUUUGCCUAUUGGUAUUGGACCACAUGUAUUCCAGAUCACUUUCCAGGUUAUGGAUAUAGUGCCAGCUUAUAGCUGUCUACUCGGACGCCCAUGGAUUCAUGAGGCGGGUGCCAUUACAUCCACGUUACAUCAGAAGUUAAAAAUUUUCAAGAAUGGGCAAAUAGUAACGGUUAAUGGGGAGCAAGCUAUGCUGAUUAGCCACCUUUCAUCGUUUAGUGUGAUAGAAGCAGACGAAAUGGCUGUUCAAACUCCAUUUCAGGCCCUGACCAUCGAUGAUUACAAGAAAAGUGAAGGUUCAAUCGCGUCAUUCAAAGACGCCCAGCAGAUUGUCAAGACAGGUCCUACAGAAAUGUGGGGCAAGGUGAUAGAGUUGCCAGAAAACGUUAACCAUGCAGGAUUAGGCUUUGUUGAUGGAAAACAAGUGCAGACUUCAGUGGUGCGACCUUUCAAAGAUAUCUUUCACAGCGGUGGGUUUAUCAACAUGGUAGCAGUUGAGGAGGAUACUUUUGAGGGAAAGACAGAAGACGAAGGCCCCAGAUUUGUGACACCAGGAGUAGUUAUGAAGAACUAG